AUGCAAGAGAAGCUUGACAAUCUUUGCGAGCUGGUAAACAAUACUGAGGAACAGUCAUUGACAUAUGCAAAUGAUGGAGAAUUGGUGUUGAAUGAAACUUUGGGGUUUGAUAAAAUUAAGGUUGUCGAUUGCGGUUGUUGGCGUUGUGAUAAACACGAUGGCUUGUCUAAUGAGCUGGUGGGUAGCUCUGUUAUACUUGCUACAGGCUCCAAUGGAAAUGAAGUGAUUCAAUAUAAGAGUGAAGAACCAGAGGAGCGAAGAAUGUCUGACUUGUCAGAUUGGGCUUCUUCAAGUGUCACAUCUGCUGCUGAUAUCCAGUUAAACACUUUGGCUGUAGAACAAGACAUCUAUAAUCUUAAGAGAGAUUCGGAAGAGAAGGAUACCACAAUAAAGGAGCUAACCACUCUGCUGAACUCUUCUGAGGUUGCUAAUUCCAAGAGGGUUGCUGAAUUGGAAGACAUUCUACGUAGGAAGAAUACGACAAUUACAAAAUUAAAGAAGGACUUGGUGUUUCUAGAACAAAAGGUUGUGCAACUUUCAAGACUUAAUCGACCCUCCUUCUCUGCCAGUGACAAAAAUGGUGGCCACCUGCCAAAGAUGAGAGAUAAUCUCCUUUAUGAUAUGGAGAGCACUACUAGCCCUUCCUCUUCCGAUUCAGAUAGUGCUCCAGUAAUAAAUGCAAAAGAUUUGGCUGCAACGGUUGAUCUCAUUGGCUUGAACCAGAGUUCUGCUUUAGCAAUUGGUAAGAAAUCUGCACCAGUAAAACCCUUCAGUUCUUCAGAGAAAUCUCGAUCAGUGGCUCCUUUUAAAGAAAUUUCAACAUAUCGGAAACCUAAUGCAGCUUCUUCUUCGAGCCAAUAUCAAUUGUCAGCUCGUGGAGACUUGAAAAAGAGCAAAAGACGAUCUCUUAGUGGAGCUAAGGGUGGAACUGCUCAUAAAGAGUAG